CUAGAAUUAGACGGUUGACUGGCUAGACCCAAUUCAUUGGACACAACCGAGCACCUGAAACUGUGCUGAACGAACAAGAACUGAGCGCAAAGAAACCAAAUGGUUUAUACUGGAUCGUAACACAGAUAUUGGAUGUUGGAUAUUGGAUGCGAGGGCACUCUAGGUUUAUACGCUACUAAUUGGAUGGCGUUGUCUUCUGAUAGUUAUAUCAAGAAGGAUGCCUUGUCGUCUCUUGAAGACCUGUGCGUCAGAUGCGUAUGCAAGAAUUUGAAUGUGUUGACGUACUUAAGUAAUGAGAACUGUGAAGUUAGACGAAAAUGGAGGUUUCCAUAUCCAGGAUUUCGCCUGGUUGCCCGUCCUUCCCAGAAAAUUUUAUUACAACUUUGCAAACGAAACGCUCUGGAUGAUGAUCGAAUGAGUCUUUUUAAUGCAGACAGUGUUGAUCUUAUGUCUCCAGUUAUAAAGGAAGCUAAUGUCAGCCCAUCGUCUCUAAAAGUUCUCAAGGAUUUUCAUCUGUAUAGUCUUACCGCCAUGAACUUAACCAAAGUAAAUCUAAAUACCAUUAUAAGUUGUCUUGGCGAGUGGACUGUUCAAAACCUAAUGUGCCUCAAUAUAUCUGGAACAUCUAUUCUGUGCGAAACUCAUUUACCCAUACUAGUCGCACUUGGGAGGUUUAAGAAUCUUAGCGUCCUUAAUGCAAGUAGAACUGAACUUAGUACACAGUGUUUACAAAUUGUUGCCGAUGACCUUCUAAAUCUUCGUUAUCUUAACAUUUCCCGAACACGAGUAACGGACAUCACACCCCUAUUAAAUAUACGCGACCGUCUCAAUGGUUUGAUAAUGCAUCGAUUGCAACUAGAAAGGACAGAAGAUAUCGCAAAGUUACUGUAUACUGUGGUGGAACUCAAUCAACUGCGUAUACUUGAUGUAUCUGACAAACCACGAAACACUGUUGGCAGAUACGAUGCUGUCGACAAAUUUUGCUCACCAGAGGCCUUGCCAUUCUUGGAGCAUAUUGAUUUGUCAGGAAACCAAUUCGGAUUGAAACUUAGUGAUGCAAGAGCCUUGCUCGAAAGCCACCCUAGACUUACGUUCGCCGGGUUCGCAUCAUGGCUUUCAAGUCAUGAACAUGAGUUGGAAGGAAUAUACAGACUGUCUCAUCAGUAUCCCCAUAUUACAAUGUUGGGAGACCGAGGGGAUCAACUCUUGUUAAAUACUUUGACGCGUAAUAAGGAUAGAGCUUUUUAUCUUCAGCAUGCUCUCCAUAGUAUUUUUGAAGCGACGAGCAAUCGGGAAUCCGUUAAACCAGAUCUUCUGCAGGCUGUUUUGCGCGUAAUGAGGCUGCAUUUACGCAGAAUGGAAAUGAUAUUGGCAGGGACUGCUGUCAUCUACAACUUAACUCGAAGUGAACAAAGCAAUCAGUUACCUUUAGACCUACUCAAUCGUGCCGUACGUAUGACUUUAACAGCAAUGGAAAAGUUUCCGGAUAACAGACAGUUGCAAAAGAAUUGCUUUCUAACAUUGUGCAGCGACACUGUACUUUAUCGUGCUACUUUCAACUGUAUACAGUGUUGUGAACUGGUUUUCAACAACUUGUUGUCGUUUGAUGAUAUUCAUAUGAAACGUAUGGGUGUAGCCAUUAUUUCUAUACUAGCUGCCGAAAUUUCAACAUCUGGUCUAUCGGAUUUAGCAAAAGACCCAAGAAGAAUUGAAUGUCUCCUGAGUUAUGUUGCUGACAAAUGUCUUUUAGUGUCAGAUGUCCCAGAUCUUGGUUCAGCCUUACGAAGUUAUAUGCCACAGUUACGCUUACGCACUGAAGGAGCACCAAUUUUCGAUACUACUUUAAGAUUCACUUUAUCCGCCUUAUGGAAUCUCACGGAUGAAUGUCCAGAAGCCUGUUUAAGAUUUGUCCGUCAGGGUGGCCUAAUCAUAUAUGAAAAAGUUCUUAAACGAUUUGCUGACCAAGGUGAAGAGACUAAAAAUCAUGUCUAUACAAAGUGUCUGGGUCUACUUAAUAACAUAGCAGAAGUCGAACAAACACGUGAAUCGUUAUUAAAAGAAAGUCUGAUGAACUUCUUUUUCAAAAUGCUUAGACAUCCUUGUAUCCAGAUAAGUUAUUUUGCUGCUGGUAUUAUUGCUCAUCUGUCAUGUUUAAAAGAUGAUAUAUGGUUGCGUAAUAUUCAGUCAAGUCGUGAAAGCUAUGUGAAAUUAUUGGGUCAAGCUGUUUGCAAUUGGCAGCCCCCACAUUCUGAAAUGGUCGCUUAUCGUUCCUUUGAACCGUUUGGUCUACUAGUUUUGCAUCCAGAAAGUCGUUUAGAGAUACACUUGUGGGCUGUUUGGGCUAUACAUCAUAUAUUAACCAGAAAAGAAAUGCGUUAUGUACCGAUCUUAUGCGAAUGCCAACCGCUGUUAUCAUUUCUAAGAUUAGUCGUUUCUUUUGAUGAAGGAGUUCUAUGUGCCCAUAGUUUACAACGACAAUUAUCUGAUCAAAAACCGUGUAGUAUAAAUACUCAUUUCCAUAAUAAUGACAAUGAUGAUGUUAAAAAUAAUAACAAUUAUAGUGUGAAAAAUAGUGACCCGAUAAAAUCUGCAUCAACUUCUAGUAAUAUUAUUCGUCCUCAAUCAUCCAGUGUUUAUUCUCCUUCAAUAGAUUCUGAUCUUUAUUCAGAAGUAUCUGUUUCGUGUGAAACAGCUGCAGGUGAUUGUUUUAUGUCAGAAAGUCAGCAGGCACAAUCUUCAAGACAUUCAUCGACAGUUGGGCAUGUUGAACCUGUAGGACAGAGUGCAGAAGGUGUUUCAGCAUUUGUAGGACCUGAUGAAUCUCAACUUGCUUGUGCUCGACUUAUUCGUAAAAUGGCUUCAGAAAUACUUGCAUCCGUCGAUCGAACUUUACCAACACUACAGUCUACUUCUACUCAUACUCAUAACAAUAACAGACAUUGCGAUCCGCCUGAAUCGCAUUGUUAGGAAAAAAUGUAUCAUUUAGCGCUGGCGACCGACUGGUGUCAUUUUUACUUCUUAUAUUGAAAUCAAUAUCAAAGUCGGUUUGAUUACUAUUACAACAUCUGUGAUUAUUUCGGCGAAUUCAGUAAAUUAUGUAACUAAUCCAUUGAUCUAUUCUUGUAUUUUUACACACACCUCCACUGUCUUUCAUGUAACUAUAUUGACUCUGUUUAUUUGCUACUGGGAAAUCGAACAUUUAUCAUUCAUUCAGUAUAAUUACGCAUUAUUCUAAUCAUUAUUACAAAUUCAUACCAAUAACUGAUAGUCACUCUUAGUUACUUUCAUACAGUUUGUCCUAUUGAUAAAUUUAAUAGAGCAAGAACAAUUCAAACGUGACACAACAAAGUGAAUUCAUUGUAUUUCGAAGUUUCCCAUCAAUUGCGUACAAUCUUAACAUAUGAAUAGUACUAGUUAGUACAGUCAAUGUUCAUACUUUAUAUCAGAAAUGUAGUCAUCUCUACGGAUUACGAUAAUGUAUUCAAAUUAAACUAAAUUAAUCUUUCAUUUGUAAACAAUAUUGUCAUAUAUGUUAGCUUGACGAAGUAAGUGUGGCAACAGUGUCUUUUCUAAUGCAUAAAUCUGUUCUUUUAACUUCCUUAGUCUUAUCUGAGCUUCAUUUUUAAAUUUUUAAUCUUAUAAUCUGUUUUUUUUCUCUGCUAUUAUUAUGUAACUUGAAUAUCAUUCGCUUCCCUGGGAUUUUCCUAUCAUAUAUAUCAUAUAAUUAUGUUAUCAUUUGAAAACCUUUUAUCAUUCUUUUACAUUAUCGUUUCUUGAACCUUAUCGAUGAGACUACAUUUCUGAUAUGAUGAUGAUAUAAAGUAUGUACACUGAUUUUACUAACUAAUACCUUCGAAAUAAAAUGAAUUCAUCUUGUUCUGUCACGUUUGAAUAGUUGUCGCUCUAUUUAUCUUCUUAGUUAAACUUGUGUCGUUACCAAUUUUAUCGACAACAAUAAUAAUAAUGGUAAUACUAACAAUAAAAUAGUACCUAUACACACAGGUUUUUAUAUUUAAUCAAAAAUGAAUUUUCAUUUUACAUCAUGAGAGAAAUUGUGCUAUGUUAUUCCUAUUUACUUAUUAUACAUAUAUUGAAUUGUAUUUGUAUAUUUUUGGUUGUAAUAAUUGUAAGAUGAUGAUUAUUCUUGUUACAAUUCUUGUCAAUUUUGUUGUUGUUUCUCUUUCUCUGAUAUUCUCUUAUAUUCUUAACUUUAAUUUCAUUCUUGUAAUUAUUGAAGUUGCAUUUAAAGAUAAUUUAUUUUGAAUUUCUGUUUGUUUUUCAUUGAUGAACUGAUUCGUCGAAUAGAAUGUAUGAAUAAUCUUGGUGUAUUUAUUAAUUGACCUAUUCACAUAAGAUAAUAUGUGUAAUAGUAUAUAAUUAAUCGUAAAUAUGUGUGUGUACACUUUUGCAUGUACUCUAGAUAUUUGCACUCUCGUCGAUCUUGUUUUCUUUCUGUCUUUGUGUAUACAUGUGUAUCUGGUAUCAUGUGACUGUUUUUUCUUCAGUUUAGAUGCAGUCUCAUCAUAGAUUUUAUUUUUUGUGUUUGACUACUCCCUAAUCAAUUUUUGUUUGCCACUUAAUCAAAAAAACUCCCUUGCGUCCUAUAUUAUUAUAUUUGACUGUUUAAGCUUCUCUUAUUUCUGAUGGCUAUUGGAUAUGGUUUACCGAAUGCGAUAAGCUGUUCUAUUUUCAUAGAAAGCGAGCGCUACGAUUAUUUGUGGUAUGUUUUUACGGUCGACAUAGAUCUAUUGUACAUUUUCAAUCAUCUAUGGGUUUGAUAUCCGUAUCGUUGAUACAAUGGAUGUAAUUGUGAGAAGAUUAAUAUUAUUCGGUAAAAGUUAUUCAUAUCCCGAAACUGGUGUCGUUCUCCAUUUCACCCAAUAUUAUUCUAAUAUUUCUAGUGAUUACUGGUCAUCUACCUGUUGCUAAUUGGCUUCGACUACUGUAUUGAUGAAAUGCAACAAAUAAUUGCGAGAUCCUUAUUUUGUUAUCAGAACUAGAAGAUAAUAGUGUGAUAUUCUUCGUACUGAGCUUAAAUCCUAAGUAAUGUUCAUUUUGAGGAAAGAUAUCUUUGAGCUAUUUCUUUUCUCUACCAUAAACUAAUUAAUCCUUGCAACCAUAAUCGAUGUUCUUAACAAAAUUCUUUGUUAAAUGGAUACAUACUUGCCAAAAAGAAUCGAUGAUUAUCAGAUAUAAUCAAUAUUGGAAGUUCGUUUUGCGCAAGGUUAUCAGUCACAGAGUAUACGUACUUCGCGUCGCUUGUAUUAUAAAUUCAAUGUAAUUUUAUAUUCUUUAUAGUUGAAUAAAAUCAAUUCAUUUUCCAAGUUAAACCCCUUUAUAUAAUGUGUCAUAUUAAUUUUUAUAUAUUUUGUAAACCGUUUGCAUGUUGUGAAUAAAUUUCAGUAAUAUAUUCAUAUAAAU